AUGAUACGCGACUCAGCACUGGAGAACAAAUUUCGAAAGCCGCCCAGUCCAAAGUCGCCCAGAAACGACAAACGGGUGCACAACCUGCCAUCAAAGGGGCUGACGAAGGAUCAGAUGCAGGUUUUACGGCACGAAGCUUCAUUUAACAUGGCUGACACCAAACCUGUUAACAUGAUUGCAGCAGUGGAAUCCAUCCUUUUUCAGACGGAGGCAACGGAGGAGACUAAGAACCUCAUCCGACACCAAGUGUCGUCUCUCCUGAUGGCCCACAGGCAGCGGGAAGUGCUUUCCAAGCUCGAACGUGGUGCGCUUAGAGAACUCAAGGCCGACAAAGACCUGGUCAUCGUGCCAGCGGACAAAGGACGCGCCACCGUUGUACUAGACAAACCAGACUACCUACAAAAAGCCAAAGGUUUACUGGAGGACCGACAGUUCUAUGUCCCAUGUGCAACGAACCCUUUAAAGGCGCUGAUACGCGAAAUUAAUGCUACGUUGUUGGCCUUGGAGAACUCAGGUGCAAUAACACCGACCGACAGACGCAUGGCGAGCCCCCAAGAUACGGCUUUGGCCCGAUUCUAUGGCCUCCCUAAGGUGCACAAAGACGGCGCUCCUCUCCGACCCAUCGUGUCGCUCAAAGGGACUCCAACGUACGGACUGGCUAAGUGGCUGUUCCGGCGUCUCAAGUUCCUGACCGCUGAGUCAGACACCACGGUCUCUUCCUCAGCACAAUUCCUGGAGGAACUCAAAGAGGUAAGCAUCCAUCCAAAUGAGGUCAUGGUAUCUUUUGAUGUUACAUCCCUUUUUUCUUCUAUUCCCCAGGAACUGACGAUCGAGACAACUGAGCUGCUACUACAAAGCAAAUAUGAUGAAACGGAGAACCGUCUUGGACACGCCCAAGUCCUUCAGCUCCUGAAGCUCUGUCUCAGGACGUACUUCACGUUCGACGGGACAAUCUACGAACAGGUGAAGGGCAUACCAAUGGGUUCGCCGAUUUCGGGAUUCAUCGCCGAGGCGGUUAGAGUCGUUGGUCUUCCAACUCCAGAGACCGAAAUUCUGGGCCCGGUAUGCGGGUGAUACCUUCGUCGUCAUCGAACGGGAUCAGGUGUUGACAUUCCAAGAACAUCUCAACGCCGUCUUCCCGGACAUUCAAUUUACGCUGGAGGAGGAAGAGAACAAUCAGCUGGCCUUCCUGGAUGUCCUCGUAUGCCGCAAAGAUUGUGGUGAACUAAAAACCAAAGUGUUCAGGAAAGCGACAAAUACGAUGCAAAUACUGAACUUCAACAGUAACCACCCAAUCAGCCACAAACGCAGUUGUGUAAGGACGCUCUAUCGGCGUGUCGAAACGCACUGCAGUGAGCCGGAAGACAAGAUUGCCGAACUGCAAUACCUCCGACGGGUCUUCAAAGCCAGUGGCUACUCGCGCAACUUCGUCAACCGGUGCAUACGCAAAAGGGACGAAAGGCCUAACCGCACGGACACCAAAGUUUGGCGAGCGCUUCCAUAUGUCAAGAACGUUUCGGAAGCUGUCGGCCGCCUUCUCGCGCCACUUGGGGUUGGAGUUACACACAGACCGGAGGCAACCAUCAGGCGUUUGGCCAUGAAACUGCCACGGCUAGAAACGUCUGGAGUCGUUUAUUGGAUCUGGUGCAGUUGCGGACAAAGCAACUACGUCGGAGAAACCGGAAGACAGCUCCGAACGAGAAUGGCCGAACACGCGGCAGCGGUGCGCAGAAAUGACGCCAGCUCUCAAGUUGCGGCUCAUUCGACGAGAUCCGGCCACACAUUCAAAUUCGAUGAGGCCGAAAUUCUCGCAAGAGGUGACAACCGAGUGAGCCGGGAGCUACUGGAAUCAUGGUUUACUGGCCCCCAGUCCAUCAACAAGUGCAACGAUCUUCACAUUCCAUACUCCGUACUGAAACUUCGCCUAGGCGGAGUAUCAAGCCAUGCGGGGAGGGCAGAGGUGAACACUUUCCCCAACACCGGGGUCGGUGCGUCAGAUGGUCGAGCAAUCAUCACGCCAACAUCCAACGCACGCGAUGAAAUGGCAGCAAUUAUCGACUCGGAUGUCGGCCAUCAAGCAAUGAUCACACCAAGUGUGACAAUCCCGGAUGAAGGGGAGAGCCGUGAAUGUUCAUAG